CAGCUGCAGAAGACUAAUACAAAUGUGGUGGGCAAGAUGAAUAAUCAUAUGAUAACGUGUGACGUUAAGAUACCCAAUGUCAUGACCUGUAACCUUUCUGAAAAACCAACAUCCUGCUGACUAAUAGAUAUGACAAACCUGUGACCUUUCUGACAUCCUGUCAACAUCAGCCGAUUCCCUGACCACACGAAUAUUGUGUCCUUGGCGUGGGUAAAUGUUUCUUACUUCUCUCUUCUCUCUGUUACCCAUUUUAUGGUACAAAUUCAGCCUUGGGGAAAAAUAAAAUUGUCACCUUGAUCAGACUCUUGUCUUGGAGUCCUUCUUCACGUCUCUUGUCCCUCAUUCUCUUCCAGAUUCUCAGCACCCCUCAUUGACAGUAUGCACUCAUUGAUAAGUGGAUAUUGACCAAAACCUCAAAUUACCCAAGAUGCAAUCUACAGAUCUCAGGAAACUCCAGAAGAAGGAUGACCAAAGUGCAGAUGCUCCCACUCCUUCUUAAAAUGGGGAACAAAAAUAUACAUAGGAGGGGAUAUGGAGGCCAAAUCUAAAGCAGAGACCGAAGGAACAGCCAUUCAGAGCCUGCCCCACAUGUGGUCCAUAUAUAUACAGCCACCAAAACUAGGUAAGAUUGAUGAAGCUAAAAAGUGCUUACUGAAAGGGACCGGAUAUACAUCUCCCCUGAGAGACACAUCCAGAGCAUGUCAAAUAAAGAGGUCAGUGCUGGCAGUAAACUGCUGAACUGAGAACAGGACGCCCUUCAUGGGAGUUAGAGGAAGGAUUCAAAGAGCUGAAGGGCUUGCAACCCCAUAAGAACAGUCAUGCCAACCAAAUAAACCACUAGCAAAAGACUAUAUAUGGACUGACCCAGGGGUCCAACUGCAUAUGUAGGAGAGAAUAGCCUUGUUGGGGCACCUGUGGAAGGGGAAGCCCUUGUUCUUAACAAGGUUGGACACUCAGUGCAGGGGAAUGUCUGGGAAGGGGUUUCUAAGUGGCGUGGAUUGGGGGACCACACAUAUGGGAGAGGGCACGUGAGGGGGGCUUAUGGACCAAAAGCUGGGAAAGGGAAUAAGGUUUGAAAUGUAAAUAAAAAGUAUAUAUCUAUUAAAAAAUAAAAUUUAAAAAUAUGAUAAUACUACUAAGAAAUAAUCAAAAUAAGAAAAUGUGAAUAAGAAAGAAAUUUUAGGAUUUGGAAAAAGAUGAAUGCCAGGUAUUUGAAAACUGUAUGACCAUGGUAAACACUUUAAUAUACUUGAGUAAUUUUUUUACAUGUUAAUGAACUGCAUCUUUUUUUUUAAAUAGUGAAUGGAAAUCCAGUCCCUUCCUGGCUGUGAGUCUAGGUAUCCAGAUGUAGUGGAAUUCAUUAUUUGUUGAGUCCUGAACCUUUGAGUCUGCUUCUAACACAGCUUAUGCCAAGGAAACUAGGCCAAGGUGAUAUCUAAGCCAUUGACCAAACUAUCUGGACUAACAAUCACAGGUGAAAUUCCACCUUGUAAAUGGGAGGAGAGGAAUAAAAGAUAUCUUUAAGGAUUUAAAAAAAGAUGAAAUGUACCCAAAAAAUCCAAUAAAAAAGUUUAAAAUAGGGGUUGGGGAUUUAGCUCAGCGGUAGAGUGCUUGCAUAGCGAGCGCAAGGCCCUGGGUUCGAUCCCCAGCUCCGGGAAAAAAAGAAAAAAAAAAAAAAAAAAAAAGAAAAAGAAAAAAAAGUUUAAAAUAAAAAUAACUUAGGAAAUACAAAAUACUGGGGUGCCAUUCCACAAUCAUGAUGUGUUUAUUCUGUGAUAGCUUACAGGUUAAUUUACUUCUCUAUGACUGUUUUCUUAUUUCAAAGUAAGAAAUGGCAUCAUCUGUGGAGUGGAUGGUGAGAACAAAAGCUUUGGCUAACUUGAAUAAUCGAUCCCUCCCGAGCAUGUGCUUAACAUUCUAAGCACAGGGAAAUUUCCUGAGGGGAUUAAAGAACAAAAUCCAAACAUAAAACAGGAACAACAACGAUUUAAAAACAUUCUGCACGCUGGGUAUGAAGGCAUGUUACAACUUUAAUCAGCUUUGUAGGUAUUUCUAAUAUACACACAAGAAACAAAAAUCCUAUCACAGUCCUAGCAGUUGCAUCCAACAAAGAGAGAGCUGUGAGGUAGUGCCUGCUACUUCUUUCCCCAGAUACCCCUGGGCCUCAGGCCUGCACCCAGUGAGCUGGACCAAGAGCAGCCAGGUUGAAAUUCCUGCUGCCAUGGCAGGAUUCUGCAGGAACAUUUCCCUUUGACAGCAAGGAACCUGUGUGGAGGAGACCUCUUGGUGAGUCCUCAAGGACUCUACGUUCCUAUUCUACAGGGAGAAGCCCUGCCAGGUCUUUGGCAAGGCCAGCCAGUUGUUUGGGUAAGUCUCUGGUCCUGUGGCAGAGGGCGAGGAAUGGCAGAAAGAAUGGCAGCUCCACUGAGAGCAAAGGCUACCCCUUCUAGGCCUAUGACCUCCUAAUUAAUUUAUCUUUUCACCUGAUGCCCUAUUCACAUUUUCUUACUAUCAUACAACUGUGAUCUUGAUGAGCAGCUGGGCUCUUGUUUUCUUAAUUAGUUCUUUGUUGUCACGGACCUUUUUAACUUAUUCUAGCCCCUGACACUUAUUCAUACCUUCUGUAUGCAGUAGGACCUUUGAUGGGCCUGCCAUCUCAAAAAUAGAAGCUUCGGUAAUCCAAAAGAUUGGACUCCAGUUUACCUCAGGCCAGGAAAGAAGUCAGCCACCAUUAGUAAAAGAGCAAGGGAAAAAUUACAUAGGAAAAACAAGUGCCCUAAUCAGAAGAGAUCCUCAACUUCUAAGGGGUGCACAUCUGCACCCCUUUCUUCUGAGCUUUGCAUAGUGACGUUGUAUAACUCCAGAUGAUAGUAAAAGACAGAGCUCUUCCCAGAAGGGUCAUAAAUGAUUUUCACUCUUACAUCUGUGAGGUUGGGUGGCAUUAUAGCACACAUUCAGGUUGAAUUAUAACACCUAGGAUAAGAAUACAGAAUCCAUAUAUCACAAUGCCAAAUGGACUCCCUCCUGAACUUAUGGACCCAUUAAAAUUGAGGUUCAACCUGAACUCAGGCCAUUCCACUCCCUUCCCGUCCUCCUGAUUCUUAUGUUUGGUAGGAGUAAAGGAUCAUGGUGCAGCCCCCAAUAUUCUCAUGCCUAGACCUGACUAUUCAGGAAGAAUGAUAAUGGAGAAGAGAUGGCUAUGUGGUUACAAUGUAGUAACACAAGGUCCAGGUUGACAUUUGCUCACUGAUGUCCAAUUUAAUUGUCUUGUUAUAUUUGAGAAAGGGAAGGUGUCUGAAUAAUAUAAAAAAGGAACAGAAAUUUAUUAUUUUAUAUAUGCCCUAUAGUUGAUCCCUAUGCUCCCAAGGAAAAGCAGUUUUUAUUGCAAAAAAUAGGAUUAUAGACCAUUGAUUUUGUGAAAUACAUGGAUAUGUAAAUGGAAACAAUGUCAGCUGUCAAGGACUGCACAGUAAGCAAAUAUUUCCAGGUUUUAUACACUCAGAGGUAUAGAAGAAAUAUAUUGCCCUCCAGAAAAAGGGAAAACCUUAGGAAUCGAAAUGUGUGUCACAUGCAUUGUCUCGAGUAGUAGAUUUACUUUUAAGAAAAAUCUCCCUCCUCCUUGGUCCCUAGAGUUUUCGGUGCUAAGAAAAAUCUGUUCUCCAAUUCAGGGUUGUAAGCAACUAUCCCCAGCAAAAGCAUUGUUGACUUCUAAUGAAACAGAGAGAAAUAUCUAGCUUUGAAAUAGGGGUUGCCAAAUGGUAUUCCCAGUGACACAUGAGAGACUGGAGGAAAGGGUCCCCACAGAAAUUCAUCAGUGUGGGGAAAGCUGGUUAGUAGGUAGGCCAUAGAAUUUUCCAGUGACAUCACCAGUAAGCCGUUCACUGGACAAUCUUUUGUAUCUAAGAGCUCCCUAGAAUCUUCUGUGAUGUCACCAGUGUUGUGGUGACACCAACUGCCUUUGGGAUAUUCCUUCAGUUCCCUUUGGGUUCACAAGCAGGCAUGUUUCGCCAGCUGCUCAGGCUAUUUCGAAAGGAAAGUGUUGAUCAAGGAGAGACCGCACCAGGUCAGAGGGAAGCUGACCCCCUCUCUAGUGAAACAGGAAGGAGGAAAUCAUUCUGGGGAAGGCUUGGUGAGUUCUGGGCAGAGUUUGGGAACAUCCUCAAGGAGGUAGUUUUGAGAUGUGCCUUCUAAGACUAGGCCUUACAAGCAGGAGCCUUGGGAUUUCUCAAAGGCAAACCAAGAGUCAGGAGUUCCUAAUCUUUAAUUUGAGAGAAAGCCAUAAUGUGGUAAGCCUUCAGUGUCUUUUCUUGAAGCUUUUUAAAUGUGAGUGUCAAUGAAUGGCAGGAGGAGGCACUGUGAGAUUAACAAUGUGACCAUCCAUGGUUGGGAGUUGAAGCACUUCAUCCUCUAGAUUACUGUAGAUUACAUAAAGUCUCCGAUGGCUAGAACAAGGAAGGUUGCACCCCUAGUCAUGAAUUGAGUUCUCAGACACUUUGGGCUGCAACACACAUGAUUAGAGCUUGAUGGUGCUAAUCAUUAUGAACUGCAGGAUUGACUGCUCCACAUCUGAUAUGAGAUAAAAAUGUCCCAGAUGUUUAUGUAUCAGUCAGGUUAUACUGUUCAGGGUGAAGGGUCCUGUAAUAGUGAGUGUGGUACGAGUAUGGCAUUAGAGGUUGGGAAGAGGGACAUAGCUUAAGAAUCCACCUUUAAGAAAGCUUUUCUGCUCUUUCAGGGAUUCACCCAGACUCUACCAUUUCCCCUUCCUCAACCUCCUUUGGGGAUUCAGAAUGAUCUUUUCUGCCCAUGGGCCAUCAAAUAUGCAAAUUCACUUGGGUUUAUCUAUCUACAGGUUUUGGUAGGAAGGCAUCAUCCCAAAAUAUCAUCACUAAGGAAGAGGAGUGUCUAAAGGAACUGGAGGAACUCAAAUUUGAAAUCCAGAAGUGUCAAUUCGAGAGGGAUGAACUUUACCAAAUCCUGGAUCUUUAUAUCUAUGAUGAGUGGGACCACAGGCUGGAUGUCGAAUUGCCAAUACUUCAAUCCGAACAUGAGAUGAGAAUGAUGGCUAUGCAAAUGAUGACCAGUUCAAUAAGUGAGGCCAUGGAGAGGUACAAGGAGCUCAUACAAGUGAACAGUUCCUACCGCAUCAGGCACUCCCAGCUUCUGCGUGAACAAACUCAAUUGAAGAACAAUAUACAGAUUUUGCUGAAUGAGAAGAGAGAACUGCUGGUGGAGCAGACUGAACUGCCAGCAUCCUCUGUGGAGGCAAAGAGGUUCUGUGAAGAGGCCGGAAUGAACAUCUGUGUCCCUAGUGCAAAGGAACAGCAGGUCUGAAAUUCUCCAGGAGAAACUCGAACAAGACACAAACCAGGGCAAGAUCUCCCUUGGAGAGAAGUGCUACAGGAGGAGAACUAAGUGUGCACAGCAAAUACACCACUAUUGCAUCUCAUCUGUAAUGUCCAUAGCAAUUGUGAACUGCAUUUUCCUCCUUUAGUUUUAUUUCUUUGGAUUGAAUAGGCCGUACUUUCACCUCCCCACCCUCCAGCAAGUGUAAACUUUUGGAGGGACUCAGAGAAGUGCUGAUGCACAUCAAUCAAGAGGUGCUGGUCAUCCAGAAAGACUGUGCACGUGUAAAUGUGUACUUGUCCUGGUGGGUCAUCCAGAAGAGUUUCAUGGAGAUCAGUUCACAACAUUGGAAAGACUUUGAGAUAAAGUCUGUAAUAUCAUUUCUACUCAGUAUUGGAUGGCUUUGUUCUUAAUACCCCCACUCCAACAAAACAGACCUACUUCCACUCUUCUUGAAAAGAUUAUUACCACCAGUAACUGCUUGUCUACUGUGUCUCCAAGGAAAGACACAGGCUAUAAAUCUAUUCUGCAGAAGGAGCAGCAAAAAAUGCUUAGCGCAGCUCCUCUAUUUAAAGUGUGGCUGAGUUUUGAUUAUUUUGGUUAUUUGGUUUUCCUCCUAUUCAUUUGAAGUUUUGUUAUUUAUGUGUUGUUGUUUUGUUCAUUUGCUUUUCUAUUUUGAUAAGGAUAUAGACUGUAUAUAUUGACAACCUGCAUCUGGUUACUAUCCAGUAAAUUGGAUGUAUCCUGGUGAAAAAAAGAGUAAUCUCAAACUCUUCACUCUUAAGAACCUUCUUUAUUGAUCAUUAGUGUCAACAUCUGAAGUCCCACAGCUAUCAGGGAGGGAUGGAUCUCUGCAUUCUCAUGGGGACUGGGCAUCAAAAUCACUUCCCAGUCAGACUGAGAUUCAAAGGCAAUUAUACAGUCACUGUUCACUGUGUUCCAAACUCUGUGAAUUUCAACUUCAUAUUGCAUAUAUUACCCACUGUGUAUGCUUACUGUCAAAUAUAUAGUUACCUCUAAAUUAUACUCUGUGGAUGAGAGUGUUGAACAAAUUAAUGGGAUAAACAUUAAUUUCUCUGUAAUAUCUCCCAGGACAUAUAAACGUGGCAUAAGGGAGUUUAAAGCAAUCAGGAAGCCUGCACCCAAAUCCCGUGGUGGAGAGUGCUGAACACCCAGGAAUGCAGAUACUCCUGAGACCACAGGACAGAAAGCCACUUCUGCCCAACUUUGCCCACAUCUCUUGCCCAAUAUUAAUCUGCAUGAUGCCUCUGGAAACAGGAAUAUAGGAGCAGUCAGUGGCAGGAACCUGCUUGGUUCAGCCUGGGUCCAGAACCAACCCAGGCCCUGAGCAUAUUUGAAGAAAACCAGAGGCAUACAAUUCUGUUUCCUGAUUGUGGCUUUUUUUUAUUUGAAGUUCUAAACACCAUUUUGUUGUUGUUGAAUUUUAAUUGGAUAUUUUUCAUUUUGAAUUCAAAUGUUAUUCCUUCCUUGUUUUCCAGAAAUAAGUCUGAAUACCAUCGCCCUCCCCCUCUUCUAUAAAGGUGUUCCCUUCACCAUCCAUCCACUUUCCCAGCCUAGGCAGGACCCAGGGCUGCUCAUUCCAUUUGUGCCCAAGAAGACCAUCCUCUGAUACACAUGCAGAUGGAGCCAUGGCACAGUCCCUGUAUAGUGAUUGGGUAGUGGUUUAGUCUCUGGGAACUUUGCUUGGCAGUCAUGGUUGUUCUUAUGGGGUUGUUAGUCCCUUCAGCUCUUCCAAUCUUUCUGUAAUUCCUCCAAUUGAGGUCCAGUUCUCAGUUCAAUGGUUUGCUGCUAGCAUUCUCCACUGUAUUUGACAUGCUCUGGCUGUGCCUCUCAGGAGACAUCUAUAUCCAGUUCCUGUCAGCCUGCACCUCUUAGCUUCAUCCACCUUAUCUAGUUUGAAGGCUGUAUGUCUAUAGGUCACUCGUGGGGUAGACUCUGAAUGGCCAUUCCUCCAGGCUCUGUUGUAAACUUUGUCUCCCUAUCCCUUCAAUAGGGAUUCUUCUUCUCUUUUAAAGGAAGAAGUGAAGCAUCUACAUUUUGGUCAUCCUUCCUGAAUUUGAUUUGGUCUGUGAAUCUUGGGGAAUUCCAGCAUUUGGGCUAAUAUCCACUUAUCAAUGAGUGCAUACCAUGUGUGUGUUUCUGUGAUUGGGUUAACUCACUCAGGAUGAUAUGUUUUAGUUCAUUCUAUUUGCCUAUGAAAUUCAUGAAGUCAUUGUUUUUGAUAUCGCUGUAGUACUCCAUUGUGUAGAUGUACCACACUUUCUGUUUCCAUUCCUCUGUUGAAGGGCAUCUGGGAUCUUUUCAUUUUCUGACUAUUAUAAAUAUGGCCGCUAUGAACGUGGUGGAGCAUGUGCCCUCUUGUAUGUUGGAGUAUCUUGUGGGAAUAUGUGCAAGAGAGGUAUAGCUGGGUCGUCAGCUAGUGCAAUGUCUAAUUUUCUGAGGAACCUCCAGACUGAUAUCCAGAAUGGUUGUACCAGUCUGCAAUCUCACCAACAAUGGAGGAGUGUUCCUCUUUCUCAUAUCCAUGCAAGCAUCUUCUGUUGCCUGAGUAUUUGAUCUUAGGCAUUCAGACUGGUGUGAGGUGGAAUCUCAGGGUUGUUUUGAUUUGCAUUUCCCUUAUAACUAACGAUGUUGAACAUUUCUUUUGGUGCAUCUCAGCCACUCCAUAUUCCUCAGCUGUGAAUUCUUUGUUUAGCUCUGAACUGCAAUUUUUAUUAGGGUUAUUAGUCUCCCUACAGUCCAACUUCAUGAGUUCUUUGUAUAUUUUGGAUAUAACCCUCUAUCAGUUGUAGGAUUAGUAAAGGUCUUUUCCCAAUCUGUUUGUUGCUGUUUAGUCUUAACCACAGUGUCCUUUGCCUUACAGAAGCUUUGUACCUUUAUGAGGUCCCAUCUGUCUACUCUUGAUCGUAGAGCAUAAGCCAUUCAUGUUUUGUUCAGGAAAUUUUUUCCAGUGUCCUUGUGUUCAAGAUUCUUCCCCACUUUUGCUUCUCUUCGUUUGAGUGUAUCUGGUUUGAUGUAGAGGUCCUUGAUCCACCUGGACUUAAGCAUUGUCCAGGGCAAUAAGCAGGGGAUGAUUUGGACUCUUCCAUAUGCUGACCUCCAGUGGAACUGGCACCAUUUGCUGAAAAAGUAUAUUUUUUCCACUGGAUGGUUUUGGCUCCUUUGUCAAAAAUCAAGUGAUCAUAGAUAGGUGUGUGGGUUCAUUUCUGUGUCUGCAAUUGUAUUCCACUGGUAUAUCUUCCUGUCUCUGUACCAAUACCAUACAGUUUUUAUCACCAAUGCUCUGUAAUACUGCUUGAGUUCAGGGAUGGUGAUUCCCAGGGAAGUCCUUUAUUGUUGGGGAUAGUUUUAGCGAUCCUGUGUUCUUUUGUUAUUCCAAGUGAAUUUGCAAAUUGUUCUGUCUAACCCUAUGAAGAAUUGGAUUGGAAUUUUGAUAGGCAUUGCAUUGAAUCUGUAGGUCACUUUGGGUAAAAUGGCCAUUUUUACUAUCUUCAUCCUGACAAGCCAUGAGCAUGGAAGAUCUUUCCAUUUUCUGAGAUCUUCUUCAAUUUCUUUCUUCAGAUCAUGAAGUUCUUAUCACACAGAUCUUUCACUUGUUUGAUAAAAGUCACACUGUGGUAUUUUUUUAUUAUUUGGGACUGUUAUGAAAGGUGUCAUUUCCCUAAUUUCUUUCUCAGCUUUUUUAUCUUUUGUGUAGAGGAAGGCUACUGAUUUGUUUGAGUUAAUAUUAUACCCAGGCACUUGCUGAAGUUGUUUAUCAGGCUUAGGAGUUCUCUGGUGUAACUUUUGGGGUGAAUCAAGUGUACUCUUCUGUCGUCCGCAAUAGUGAUAUUUUGACAUCUUCCUUUCCAAUCUGUAUCCCUUUGACCUCCUCUUGUUGUCUGCUUGCUCUGGCUAAUGCUGGGGACAACAUACAAUGACAGGGACUGCAGGCAGUAGGCCGGGAUGGAGACAUCUCAGAAGCCUGCAGCAGCUCCUUGUAAAGUAGGGUGGCUUCUUGGAACACUGAGAAGCAGGAGACACAUCUCUCCAUGAACCCACCAUCUGAAAUAAGAGGCUGCCUGCAGCAGUCCGGGAUGGAGACAUCUCAGUAGCCCACAGUAGCUCUUUUUAAAAACUGGUUGUUUCCAUUUCUCCAAACCUUAUCCCUGGACAAGGGCUGUAUAGAUUUCAUUUGUGUGUGACUGCCUAUCAGGUGGCCUUGGUGUGCACAAUUAUUCUAUUAUGUCUGACUUUCCUACGUCUUUCUACUUCUGCUCUGGUGAAUUCUGUGAAACUAGAUGUUCCUUGAGGUUAUGAUUCUUAGACAAUUGGAAAUUGAUGCAUAGGGGCACAGCACAUCAUAUCCCUAGCGGCCCAGGUGCAUAUUGUGUAUUCUCAUCUUGAAAAAUAUGUAAUAACUGCACAAUUGAAGUUCCAGAUUAAGGUUUGACUUGCAAAGACAGCUUGAAGAAAAUAAGAGAAAAUGAAUUAGAGCCAACAAUCGGGCGCUAGGAAAGGAAAAGGUUAUUGAAGUUAGGAAAUAAGUUUUAUAUAAUAUUACAGACUAGUUAAGGAAAUAUAGAAUAUAUAAAAUUAUAUACUAGUAAACUAAGUCAAACUACUGGAACUCUUAUGAGAGUCAUUGUGUGCAAGGAACAGAAAGCUAGUGGAAUUACUGUGCUAAGGGUUACCUUGAUUCUUUCUGGCCACUGCCUGGCAGUUUUGCCCAUGUCAUUUAUCAUUAGAGAGUCUCAGGAAAAUGCAAUUAGCUGACCUCGGAGCUUUGGACUCUGAAGUAUAAAAGUAAAGAAUUAAAGUUUAAAUAAUGAUAAGUUUACAAUUAUUAUUAUAUUGGCCACAGGCCUUGGUAUAGGGGAAGCCUGAAACUUUGGGGAACAGUUGCAAUUCUUAGAUCUUGAUGGGAUGUAGUCAUUCUUUGCAUCUGAUUUGGCAAUGAUUAAAAAAUGUCAUUUUUCUA